AUGUCUUCUUCGCUGCCUUUAGUUUCGGACCACUCGAAGGAAAAAUUACAAGACGUGCCGAUCAAAGUGCUGGAAAUGACUAAUCUGAAGAUGCUUUUCCUUGAAGGAAAUUUUUUGUAUAAAUUGCCUGAAGAUUUCUUCUGGAAACUGCCAAAGCUAGUGUGGCUCGACUUGAGGAACAACCAGUUAGAUUCAAUACCGAAAAGUAUCGCCCACCACGAGUACCUUGAGAAUUUACUGUUAACGAACAAUAAUUUAAAAAAAUUACCCAACGAAUUAGGUUUGCUAUCAAAACUGAAAGCUCUUCAAGUAUCUGAAAACCCCCUAAUAUAUCCAUCCAGAAAGGUUGUAGUAGAAGGAACCAAAGCAAUUAAAACGUACCUAAAGAAACAAUAUGAAAAAUCACUCCACGUCACAAAACCGCCAGAGGAAUCCAGAAAGGAGAGAAGUGAAAAAGAUCAGGAAAAAGAGGAACUGAUAAAAGUUCAAAAUUUCACAAGUAGCGAAGAAAGUGUGUCUGUCAAACCCAAAUACAAUAAAGCUAAGAAAAAAAAGGAAUCUAGCAAAGAAAUAAAGGAAGCCAUAAAAAAGAAAAUGGCUGACCCACGUGGCUUACAGCCAACUUUGAAAGUCAAGAAGCUGUCUCAUACCAGUAUAUCUAAAACAUUGGACAAGAACGAAGGGGAAAAGAAGAUCAAUGAACCCUUGAAGAUUGUUCACAAAAUCAGCAGAACUUGUGACACUAUUUCAUUGACAUCUUCUCUUGACAGAGUAGGAAUUAGAAACAUGGGCAAUAUUGCGGAAAGUGGCCUCAAAGAAGGAUGGUUAAAUCAAUUGAGAUUGAUUUUAAGUGACCAAGAAAGAAUUCUGCAACAAGAAAGAUCACUGAGGGCCCUCUCGGACUGGCGCACGAAGAAACGUGCCGAAACCCCGAAAGUGUUCAGAGAAAACAGCGACGCGAAUAAACCGGCGCCUCCGCCCUACGCCACUUACCCAGAAUACGCCAGGAUGCCGACGCGCGAGGCGCUGGCGGCCCAGCUGAACAUCUUCUUCAGGGAGAAGGGAUUGUCGAGGGCCGGCCUCAAAGACGGGAACACCUUGAACGUAGACAAAUUGAUAAACGAUUUGGUGGAGCAGCUCAAGGAAAUGGAACACACGUACGGCGUAACGCGAUCGCCCAGAUCGGAAAUUGAGGAGGCAGAGAGGCAAAUUAAAAUGAUUACUGACAUACACAAGAAACUUCUACAACUGAAAUCUAGUAAUAACAUGGCAAUCUAA